AUGACUCUUCAAGAAUUUCGAGAAGAUCCAUUUCAUUUAUGUGAAUGGCGAACAAAGAAAAGCUAUGAUGAUGACGUAAAAAUGUUACAGAAAGAUGACAAUAUAUGGCGUAAAACCGGAAUAAAAAGAAAUAGUGUGUUUAAUGAACUUUCAAAUUUUCAUGUAACAAGUGGUCUUCCACCGUGUCUUGCACAUGAUUUGUAUGACGGAGUAGUCAAAUCAGAUCUUGCAUUAAUUUUAAACCAGAUUAUCAGGGAAGGAUAUUUGACAGAUGAUACAAUCAGUGCACGUAUAUUCAAAGGCCCAUUUAAAGAAGGUUUCAGAAUUUGGAGCAAAAAAUUUCAUUAA